CCGAACCUUAUAAAUGUUCCCUCCAAAUCUCUCCCCCUUCUAUUCAAAAUCCCUGAACCCUAAUUCUCACCCCCUAAACCUAGCACCCCCUGCUGCAUCCUCUUCCUUGCCUGCUAUGGAGUUUUGGGGUGUUGAAGUUAAGCCUGGGAAGCCCCUCAAGAUUGAAGCUGAGGAUGGGUAUAUGAUCCAUGUCUCUCAGGCUGCUAUGGGUGAGUCCAAGAAUGGGAAAAAUGAGUGUGUUCCCCUCUAUGUGAAGACCGGUGACCAAAAGUUUGUUAUGGGAACAUUGGCUUCAGAGAAGAUUCCUCAGGUCAGCUUGGACCUGUUUUUUGAGCAAGAUUUUGAGCUCUCUCACAACUGGAAGAAUGGAAGUGUCUUCAUUUUGGGGUACAAAUCCCCUGAGAUGAAUGGAGGGGAUGAGGAACUCUAUCCUGAUUUUGAUGAUUCUGAAGAUGAGGAAGUUCCAGUGGAUCUGGCCAUGAUUGGAAAACCAAACACCGACGCGUUGAAAGCAAAGAAAGAACAAAUGGCCAAGGUUGAAGAAGCAAAGGAGGAGGAUGAAUCCGAUUCAGAAGAUGAUGAUGAGGAUGACGACGACAAGGAUGAUGAAUCGGACUCAGAAGAUAGCGAUGAGAUGAGCAUGGAUGGCUCAGAUGAGGAGGAAGAGACUCCUAAAAAGGUUGAACCUUCAAGCAAGAAGAGACCUAACUGCCCUGCAGUAGCCACACCUGCCUCAAAGAAGUCCAAAACCGAAACUCCUCAGAAGACAGAAGGGAAGAAGGGCGGUAACACAGCAACUCCUAACCCCUCCAAGUCCGGGAAGAAGGGAGGACGCAACCCAAGCUCUCGGUGAUGGCAAAAUCAUCCCUUUUGUUUAGAGAGAGUUCUUCAUACCUUUCAUCCGGGACGUUUACAAGUCCAAAACCCCAUAUGGGACAACACAUAUAUAAACACUAGUAUUGCUUCUCGUUAUUCUUCCUGUGGUUUCCAAAGCCAAUUUCGGGGGUUUUGUUUUAGGUAGAUGUUGAGGCUUUUGGGGCUUAGUUAAUGUGAGAAGACGACUUGAGUUUUGGUAGUACGAGUACUGAUUUGGUUCUCAGUUUUUA